UGUAAUUAUAUUUAAAACGGGAUUCUUAUGUGUUAUUAUAUAUAUAUACAUAUACACAUACGACUUUGUACAGUGCAACUGAAUAUAUCUGGAUUAUCUUGUGCAGUCGCUGAUAUCAGACGACUGCCAUGUCUCGCACCCGCCAGCCCCCGCUCGUCACUGGCAUCUCACCGAAUGAGGGGAUCCCAUGGACCAAGGUCACCAUCCGUGGGGAGAAUCUUGGCACGGGACCUGCCGACCUCAUUGGCCUGUCUAUUUGUGGACAUAACUGCCUCCUGACAGCCCAAUGGAUGUCUGCCAGCAAGAUUGUAUGCCGUGUGGGGCCAGCCAAGGAUGACAAAGGGGAGAUUAUUGUUACUACCAGGUCUGGUGGCAACGGUACAUCCACUGUCUCCUUCAAGCUCCUGAAGACUGAGAAAAUAGGUAUCCUGGACCAGUCAGCUGUGUGGGUGGAUGAGAUGAACUACUAUGACAUGAGGACAGACAAGAACAAGAGCAUCUCUCCUCUCUCUUUGCGUCCAGCCAACCCCCUCGGCAUCGAGAUUGACAAAGGGAAGGUGCCACAGGUGGACCUGGAGAGCAUGUUUCCUGGCAUGAGUGGAGACAUCACCAGUGAGAACUUCUCUGCAACAUGGUAUCUCAUAGAGAAUCACUCUGCUACCAGCUUUGAUCAGUUGAGAGUGGCAGCAAACAACCUGCGGAAACAGGCCAACAAGAAGAAUGAGGGUAGCCUGGCCUAUGUCAAAGGGGGACUCAGUACAUUUUUUGAGGCCCAGGAUGCUCUGGCAGCCAUCCAUCAAAAGCUGGAGGUGGAUGGAACCGAGAAAGUGGGGGGCUCCAUGACACAGAAACUGGAGAACAUUCUCAACCGUGCAAGUGAUACAGCUGACACACUGUUCCAGGAGGUGCUGGGACGUAAGGACAAGGCUGACUCAACCCGCAAUGCCCUCAAUGUCCUCCAGCGAUUUAAGUUUCUUUUCAAUUUGCCCCUCAAUAUUGAACGAAAUAUUCAGAAGGGUGAUUAUGAUGUUGUGAUUAACGACUAUGAAAAAGCGAAGUCUCUGUUUGGAAAUACUGAAGUCCAAGUCUUCAAAAAAGUCUAUGCUGAGGUGGAGACGCGCAUUGGCGCUUUGAGGAGCCUGCUGCUGGACAAGUUGCUUGAGACUCCGUCUACGCUGCACGACCAGAAGAGGUACAUAAGGUACCUGUCAGACCUUCAUGCGCCAGGUGAUCCAGCCUGGCAAUGCAUUGUGGCCCAGCACAGGUGGAUCCUUCAGCUGAUGCAGACCUGGAAGGACAACUACAUCCAGGGCCAAAAAGGCACAGCAGGGGGGACGCACAGCACCACACUGGACGCAGAGGGAGACCACCGGACUUCAGCAGUUGGCCGACUAGCCCAGGCUGACCGACUUAACAGGGGUGGUGGUUUUCAGGCUCCUCGUGGUGAAUCCUGGCCCUUCCAGGGCCCCCAGCAAGUGGCCUUCGUGGAGAAGCUUACAGAUGUGGUCAUCAACCAGCUGCCGAACUUCUGGAAGCUUUGGAUCUCCUAUGUGAAUGGGAGCUUGUUCAGUGAGACGGGAGAAAAAUCAGGACAAGUGGAGAAAUCAAAGAAAAACGCUCGACAGAGACAAAACGACUUCAAGAAGAUGAUUGAGGAGGUGACCCACCGGCUGGUGAAGCUGGUGCGCGGAGCCCUCCUGCCCUCCUCACUGACGGAGGCUGAGCUGCGGCUGUACGGAGGUUGGGAGGCUGGCAGCGAGCUGACGGGUCCCUGGCUCACACAGGUCAUUCACACAGUCAGGGUGAGCCACGAGGCACUGGCAGCCCUGGAGAUCCCAAAUGACCUGCUGCAGGUGAUUCAGGACUUGCUGUUGGACCUUCGUGUUCACUGCCUUCUGGUUACGCUGCAGCAGACUGCUGAAGAUAUUAAGCGACUGGCUGAGAAAGAAGACUGGGUUGUGGAUAAUGAAGGCAUCACCUCUUUGCCAGCCCAGUUUGAGCAGAGCAUGGUGCAGAUGCUUCAGUCCCUGAAGGGUCCCACAGAGUGUAAACCUGGAGAGGUCAAUAUAUUUCAGCUGGAAAGAACCCAGGACAAAGCCAGUGAAUUGUGCAUGACCAUAAUGAAGGUGUUUAUAAACUGUCUUGAACAGCUAAGUACAAAAACAGAUGGUGACAUCGACACUUCUCACAUCUCUGUGGAUAUUGCAUCUCCUGACCUUUUCAGCAGUGUCCACGAACACUUUCAUCCAACACCAGAGCAGCGACUCCUCCUGAUCCUGAGCAACUGCAGCUACCUAGAGAAACACACCUUCCUCAACCUGGCCGAGCACUUAGAGAGGCAUGGCUUUCUGGGCACAGAGAAGAUUACACGGGUCAGCAUGGAUUUGGUGAGGGCACUGGACCAGAGACUUUUUGAGUCCUACGUGGAGCGAAAAGCAGACCCCAUUGUGGGUUCACUUGAGCCAGGCAUGUAUGCCGGGUAUUUCGACUGGAGGGACUGCUCACCUCCUACAGGUGUAAGAAACUACCUGAAAGAAGCUCUGGUGAACAUUAUUACUGUUCAUGCUGAGGUUUUUGCUGUGUCCAAAGAGUUGGUUCCUCGGGUUCUGUCCUGCAUCGUGGAGUCCGUAGCCGAGGAGAUGAGUCGCCUCAUGCAGUGUGUGUCCUCCUUCAGCAGGAAUGGGGCUUUGCAGGCUCGGCUAGAGAUCUGCGUUCUGAGAGAUGCUCUGCAGCUCUACCUCACAACAGAGAGCAACACAAGCUUUAAGCAGGCCCUUGAAGCUCUACCCCAGCUGCAUAAUGGAGCAGACAAGAAGCUGCUGGAGGAGCUGCUGAACAAGUUCAAGAGCAGCAUGCACCUGCAGCUCACCUGCUUCCAGCCUGCAUCUGUCCUGCCUGUCAAGAGAUGAGGCUUCCUGCUAUUUGUUGUAUAACUUUACUGUAUGCCCUUCACUUUACAGUUCUUAAGAUAUAUGUAUUUUCAUCUUUUUGAAAAUAUCACAGUUGAUGACAGGGGUAUGAAAUACUAAUAUUUAUAGACAUAAAUAUUAACACCAUUUGCCAUUGCAUUUACAGUUAGAUGUGUAAAUGCAGAUAAAUUUGCUGAAUGUUUCCUUCAUACACACAUAAAAAUAACAUGUUCAGUCUUCAAAAUAUUGGUGCAAAUUCCUGCUUUUUAUAUUUGUGUAUCAAUGUGUUUACUUUACCUGCCAUCAUGUGAUUGUAAUUAAUCUAAAGAAUAAACUGACGAGUCAAUGCCUGUAUCUUCAACCACCCGGGGUAGUUGUCUGAAGUUGUCUGCUGGAGGUCUUUUGGGAGCUACGUGGUCUUGUGAUAAAGCUGGGCAGGCAUGUCUGUCUCAUCCCCCAGCAGGCACUACAGUCAUGGCUCAGGGUCUUUCCAGGCCUUGCCUCGCAUCACCUCAUCACAUGUGGCCUGUCUGCACGUCUCUGGUGAGUGAAAUCUGUCUAAAACCACGGGCGACAAGCAGCCCCUGGUUUGCAGAACAGAAUGGAGAAGUCCUCGGCCGCACCCCCCGACCCCCUUCCCGAGAGACAAGCCAGUCGG